ACAUUAUCGAUUGGUACGCCUCUGCCGAAGAGGGACGCCACUAGGGAGGUACCAGGCUGAUGAAAUGGAGAAACUGCUCAUGGCUAUCGUAGUUGGUGUUAUUGGAUAUAUGUAUUUCCAAUCUGCAGUAAAGACGGUCAGAAGAGGUGAUGGGUCAAAACUGGAAACAUCAUAUGACUACAUCAUCGUGGGAGCUGGAUCCUCAGGGUCAGUGUUAGCGUCUCGUCUGACUGAGGAUCCUGGUAAUGAUGUGGUGUUACUGGAGGCUGGUGGAUCUGACGAAACUAACCCCAACGUGUACAAGGCCGGGGCAGCCCCGAUGUUGAUGAAGUCUGAUGAAGACUGGGAGUACUAUACAGUUCCUCAGAAACACGCAUGUUUUGCCAUGAACGAACAGCGUAGUUAUUGGCCUCGAGGACGGGUUCUAGGAGGAAGCAGCUCUCUGAACUGGAUGGUGUAUGUCAGAGGUAAUCGCCAUGAUUACGACAGCUGGGCUGAGGAAGGUUGUGAGGGCUGGAGUUACAAAGAUGUCCUCCCUUAUUUUAUCAAGUCAGAGGACAUACAGAUUGACGAAUUCAAACAAUCAGACUAUCACGGAAAAGGUGGCCCUCUGCCAGUAACACGACCAAAUAUCACGCCUAUGCAUGAACUGUAUCUUCGUGCAGGAAGAGAUUUGGGUUACAAUGUAUCAGACUGUAACGGCGAGGACCAAAUAGGUUUUUGCUGGAUGCAGUCCACCAUAAAAAAUGGGGAGAGAUGGAGUUCGUACAGGUCAUUUAUCAAACCACAUCUGGACCGUCCCAAUCUCCAUGUCAGGCUCAAUACCUACACCACGAAGGUGAUAAUAAAAAACAAUAAAGCUAUUGGCGUAGAGUGCAUAAGGAAUGGGAAGAAAUUUCAAGUGUAUGCCAGGAAGGAAGUGAUAUUGUCUGCUGGUGCCGUCAACACGCCACAAUUACUGAUGUUGUCCGGUGUUGGGCCAAAGAAACACCUUCAGGAAUUAGGGAUUCCUGUGCUUGCUGACCUUCCAGUUGGAGAAAAUCUACAGGACCACUUCAUGAUACCUAUAAUGUAUAGAAUUAAUAUAACAGGGCCCUUAACAGCCGAGUUAAUGAUGUCAUCAUGGGCAACAAAACAGUACGAAUACUUCGGAACAGGUCCAUGGUCCGCCACCGCCCUGGAGGCAAUGGCAUUCUUGUACAGAGAUUUCAGUAAGAAGAAAGAUUCCGGAGAAAAUGCAGACAUCCAAUUGCACACAUUCAGUGCCCAUGGUUCGACACCUGACAUGAAAAAUUUCUUUCCUGUCAACUAUAAGGAAGAAGUAAAGGACCAGCUGUAUACUGAGACUGAUAAAGUCCGAACAAUUGUGUUUAGCCCGACAAUCCUCCAUCCUAAAAGUAAAGGAACAAUCAGACUGCAAAGCAGGGAUCCUUUUGAUUAUCCUCAUAUUGACCCGCAUUACCUGGAGGACCCGGAUGAUGUACAGCUUGCCAUUCAAUCUAUAAGAUUCGUGGAAAAGCUGAUCGACACAGAUACAUUCAGAUCUAUAGGAACAGAUGUCAGCUAUCCGUCUCCGUUCCAUAAACUGUGUUCCCAAUAUGAUUUCCGGUCGGACAGAUUCUGGGAAUGUUAUGUGAGGCAUUUCACACUGACAGUGUACCAUCCAACAUCCACAUGCAGAAUGGGGAAUAAAGAUGACCCAUCAGCUGUAUUGGACCCCCAGCUCAGGGUCAAAGGAAUAUUUGGUCUGCGUGUUGCCGAUGCUUCUGUGAUGAGAAAUGUGCCUUCAGGAAAUACAAACGCUCCAGCGAUAAUGAUCGGAGAGAAAGUAGCUGAUAUGAUUCGUGGAGGCUGAAUGUUUUCUGCAAAGUAUUUUUAUGAAUUUAUCUGCUAUAGUUUCAAUUCAACAUGCUAUACCCAUGUUGUUUAUGCAGAUACAUACACUAUUUCUAUGUUCUUAUAACGGACUCAGAUAAAUUCUUUGUAACCAGUAACUAAGGAUUUCUGCCAAAGAAUAAAUGAACUUGUGUUAGUCAACAAAGACCUAGAAACAUAAGGUGGAUCUGACGGUUUUAAGAUUGUACCAAAGACACAAGCGAAUAGCUCCUUUUAAUACGAUAGGAUACAGAAGAGCUAUUACCAUAGACAAAGAAGAUGACGAUCCUUGGAAUUAAUU